AUGAAAUACAUCUUCUCCGUAGAGUCUUUACGUUUCCUCGUUUCAACUCAAAGCUCUGAACACGGGACGAUCCCAGCAGCACCUGAAGGCACCACAUGGUUUUAUGAAUGUCUAAUUCUCUUCCUUUUCUCCCCAGGAGGAAGUGAGUGUUCCUGGGAUAAGGAGCGUCUGACCAGCCCCCCUGCUGGAGCUCAUGGAGGAGGACUAGGAGGAGGAGGAGGAGGACCAAUGGGGGGAGGAGGAGGAGGAGGAGGAGGAAGAGGAGGACCAAUGGGAGCUGUCAAUCAUCAACAACUGCAACAACAGCAACAACAGCUACUGGCAAACAGGUUGGACCUCCCCUUCAUGAUGAUGCCUCACCCGCUGCUUCCCAUGGGCCUGCCCCCUGCAUCUGUUGCCAUGGCGAUGUCCCAGAUGAACCACCUCAACACCAUCGCCAACAUGGCCGCCGCCGCGCAGCAGAUACACACUCACGUACACCGGGCGCCCGUCAUCAAGGAGAGAGUGUGUGACAGUCCCUCUCUCUCUCCGUCUGUCGAUGAGACGAACACUCCUCUGCAGUCGCAGCCCAGCAGCUCGGCCUCCAGCUCGCCCGAAAGACUGG